AUGUUGGCUCUUGCAUCUCACAUCACCGCUCAAGCGGAUCCCGUUCGUUCUUCCGACGUUACAAACGCAGGCACACGAGGAUUCACGUUUUUACAAAGAGCGUUGUCCUGCCUGGAGGUGGAGAUUGAAAACCCGAAACCUGCUACAGUAACAGCUAUUGUCAUCCUCUCCAGCUGCUUGGCUGAUUUGGGAAAGAGCUCUUUGUCAUGGGUGUAUGACGGUAUCGCCGCCCGAUUGACCUCAGCCCUAGGCUGCCAAGUCGAUUCUCAAUCCAUGGUGGACCAGGGUCUCAUUACUCAAGAGACCUACAACCUGAGGGCCAACGCAUUCUGGACAGCGUACAUCGAAGACAAAUUAGCUGCGCUUUACAAUGGUCGAAUGCCUAGUCUUGGCGAAGAGGACUACAACUUGUCUCUUCCAAAACCUUCUUCGGCAGCACAAUGUGGUGUGCCAGAGUUAACGGAUCUUCAAGCUGCCCUUAUAUCACUUGGUGACAUAUGCGCCGAGAUCAUCAGGUCUCUGUACGGCUUUGCCUCCAGGUCGCCCACAAAUGAAUGUUCGAUUGCUCGGAUACAAGACAAGCUACAUAACUGGUCGAGCAACCUUCCGUUUGCAACGCGAUUGCCGUGGAAUGGAGGCCCCCGUCAAGCGAGCCCCCAAGUGCUUGCAAUCCACGCUACCUUUAAUACCCUGUCCAUCAUCUUCCACAAAUCCUUUCUUCGUCGACAUUGUCUAGACUCUGCAGAAGGAAGGAUAUGCUUCGAAGCCGCAUUGAGUACGGUGAAGCUGGCUAAAACCUUCGACCUGACGUACACUAUCCUCAAAGCGCCCAUCACCAUGUCUCAAAAUCUUUACAUCCCGGGCACAGUUCUAACUUUGAUCAUUGCGGACUUAUUCGAUCAAAAUGACAAAUGGAUCGAGAGGGAGCAGUCUCAAAAAGCUUUGGAUGAUAUCAUGACCUUGCUCUUUCGUCUUUCGUCGUCUUGGCGAUGCUCUUUACAAGCAUACCAAGCAUUGAAAACCAUGGGUGAGAAUUAUGUCAUCAAUAGAUCCACAAAUCCUCAACCUUCCGGAGACUUCGCCGGUCUGGAGCUUGGUCAAGAUUUUGAUAUCGAUUCUGUCCUCAAUUUUGACUGGACUACAUUCGAUCAUAUGGGUGGUAUUGCCAACCCCAAUUCUGGAUGA